AUGAAGAUUACACAACUGUUAUACAUCUCGAGUGUGGUUAUCGCAUCGAUCGAUGCGGUGGAAUACUUAAUUCGCUUCGAGACGAAGAAGGCGAAGUGCUUGAAUCCUCCCAGAACCGCCAGGAAAGUGGAGUCGGUCAUUGGGGAAUGCCAGAAUGAGGUCCGUAAUAAGUUGGUUAAUGAGGCCUAUGAGAUACUCAAGGAGCAGGUGUCGCACAAUCAACGGCCCAUCGAUCCCAACGAUGACUCCAUCGACUUUAUUCCCGCGGACUCCUCCGUAGAUCAUCUGCCCAACAUCAGCAACUAUGAGUAUUUGGUCUACGAUGAACCCGAACCACAUCGUCAUGUGGCCAGACUCAUGAGGAAUAUCCGUCGUCUGGACGUGACCACUUCGGGUAUAUACCAUCCCACUUUGGUGCCUUUGGAAGACAAACGCAUCGCGGGGUGCCUGUUGCAUUGCGUAUACGCCAGGAACCACGCCAUCGACCAGAAAGGCUGGCCCACGCUGGACGGCCUGGUCCACUUCUACUCCGAGGGCGUCCACGAGCACGGCUUCUUCAUGGCCACGCUGCGGGCCGUGAACCUCUGCCUCCGUACAAUGACCGCCCGGUACAAAGUCAACCGCAAGGAGCUGCCCCAGAAAGGUGAAAGCUGCGAUCUUGCUUUUGAUGUCUUCGACUGCAUAUCCGACCAAAUCACCGGCUACUGUCUGGAUCAAUACAGCAGAUAUUAA